AUGAUUAUCAAACGGAGCUUGAAAUCGACAAUGCCUACCCUAAAACGGUGUCGUGUUAUUCAACCUUCGAAAACUGAGGAUGAAGAUAGCAAUGAUAGGAAGAAGCGCAAAUCCAAGAGCUAUAAUGGCAGCAAUAACAAUGGAAGCAAUAGUAGUAACAGUAAUAAUAAUGGUGGGAAUUACUUCCCUUUGAGUCUUCUCGGUGAAGUUGCUGCUGGUGUCAUUCCUUUCAGUGGAUUUCAUCCGAUUUUCUCUGAUAAUAAUAACAAUAAUGCCGAUUUCCGGGGUUUCGCAGCGUCGUGGUGCAGCGAGGUUUCGUGCUCCCCUGCCGAGGAGGAGGAUGAAGAUGAGGAUGAGGACGAUGAUGAUGAUGAGGAGGAGGAUGGGAGGAGGGGCAGUUUGAGUAAGGUGAAGACUCGGCAUGUCGCCGAGGUGGCGAAGGAGAGUCCGAGACCGCCAUUAGUGAGGACUUCGAGAGGCCGAGCUCAGGUACUUCCUUCCAGAUUUAAUGAUUCAAUACUUGAUGAUUGGAAGAAGGAGAAGACUAGUAAGAAUAAUAAUAAUAGUAAUGCUGUUAGUUAUAGAGAAUGUAAUGGUGAUUUUGAUUAUGAUACUAAUAAUGAUGAUGAAGAUGAUUAUGUUGGUGUUAGGAAGAAUGAAAAAUUUGGGGUUAGAGCUCAAAAGGGAAAGGUUUGUGGGAGUAAAAAUAGGGGUAAUGUGCAUAAAUUUGAAGAUGAUACUUGUGGUGUUUCGACGUCCACUGAGGAGUGUGGGUAUGGUAAUGGUUUCUAUGAUGAUGAGGAGGAAGAUUAUGGGUGGAGAGGUGGGAGGUCGACGAAUCAUGAGGCGAGGAGGUACUCGAAUUCUCGUAGUACUUUAACGUCGAUUCGUGAUAGAGGGCAUUGGGUGGAAUAUGAGAAAUCUGCCGUUGGUUAUCAUGGUAAUAAUGGCAGGUUGAUGAGGGAUCAUAGAAGAGAAAAUGGUGGGAUGGGUAUGGAUGAAUUUGUUCCAGGUGAUAUAGUGUGGGUAAAAUCGGGGAAAAAUGAUCCAGCUUGGCCAGCAAUAGUUAUUAAUCCAGCAUCGCAAGCUCCUCGACAGGUUUUGGAAUUUCGUGUUCCUAGAGCAGUUUGUGUGAUGUUUUUUGGUUAUUCACAGAAUCGGAAGCAAAGGGAUUAUGCUUGGGUAAAACGUGAAAGGCUUUUUCCAUUUGCAGAUAAUGUGGACAGGUUCCAAGAGCAAGCUUGCCAGAAUGAUUGCGAGCCCAGCAACUUUCACAGGGCGCUAGAGGAGGCUUUUCUGGCGGAAAAUGGGUUCAUGGAAAUGCAGGAGAUUAACAUGGCAGCUGGAAGUGGUACUUGCAUGAAUUCCAUUUCUAGAAGGGCACAGGGGGGUCUGGGCACUGGUAAAAACCAAUACCAGGAAAUGCACCAUUAUAGCCAGAAUGGCUUUAAGAAAGCAAAAGACACACCAUCCUGUGCAGGAUGUGGUGCUGGCCUUCCACUUAAGAUGAAGAAGGCAGGAAAGGCUUCAGGUUCUGAAGGCCACUUCUAUUGUACAGCUUGUGCUAAGUCACUAAGAUUGAAACAAUAUUGUGGUAUUUGCAAAAAGAUUGGAAAUUACUCAGACAGUGGGAAAUGGGUGAGAUGUGAUGGUUGUAAAGUUUGGGUCCACGCAGAAUGUGACAGAAUCUCAAGCAACCUUUUCAAGGAUCUUGGGGCCACCGAUUACUACUGCCCUGAUUGCAAAGUGAAGUUCAACUUUGAAUUGUCAGAUUCAGAAAAUCAAAUUCGAGUCAAGUGCUAUAAAAAUAAUGAUCAGUUUAAGCUGCCAGACAAGGUCAAUGUUGUUUGCUCUGGCAUGGAAGGCGUAUAUUUUCCUAGCUUCCAUUUAGUUGUGUGCAAAUGUGGAUUCUGUGGGUCAGAGAAGCAGCAACUUAGUGAGUGGGAAAGGCAUACGGGUUCGAAAGUGAAGAACUGGAAGACGAGUAUUAGGGUCAAAGAUUCGAUGCUGACACUGGAGCAAUGGAUGUUGCAGAUGGCAGAAUUUCAUGCACAAGCUGCUGCUUCUGCUAAGCCUCCUAAAAAACCUUCGUUAAAAGUUCGAAAGCAGAAAUUGCUAUCUUUUUUGCAAGAAAAAUACGAACCUGUUUAUGCUAAAUGGACCACCGAAAGAUGUGCUGUCUGCAGAUGGGUUGAGGAUUGGGAUUAUAAUAAGAUUAUUAUUUGCAAUAGAUGCCAAAUUGCUGUCCAUCAAGAGUGCUAUGGAGCUAGAAAUGUUCGAGAUCUAACCUCAUGGGUAUGCAGAGCAUGUGAGACACCGGAAAUUGAUCGCGAGUGUUGCCUUUGUCCUGUAAAAGGAGGUGCAUUGAAGCCUACUGAUAUUGACACAUUAUGGGUUCAUGUUACUUGUGCCUGGUUUAGGCCUGAAGUUUCCUUUGCAAGUGAUGAAGAGAUGGAGCCUGCUAUGGGAAUAUUGAGCAUUCCAUCAAGCACUUUUGUAAAGGUGUGCAUAAUUUGUAAGCAGAUACAUGGUGCCUGUACUCAGUGUUGUAAAUGUUCAACUUACUACCAUGCCAUGUGCGCAUCAAGGGCUGGCUACCGCAUGGAGUUGCAUUGCUUGGAGAAGAGUGGGAAACAGAUUACUAAGAUGGUUUCAUACUGUGCUUACCACAGGGCUCCUAAUCCAGACACUGUUUUGGUUGUACAAACCCCGACAGGGGUUUUCUCCACCAAAAGUUUACUUCAGAGUAAAAAACGAUCUGGUUCAAGGUUAAUAUCAUCUACGAAGUCAGAACCUGAAGAGGCUCCAACACAGAUCAGUGAAGCUGAUCCAGACUCUGCAGCACGAUGCCGAAUAUAUCAGCGUUCCAAAAACAAGAACUGUAAGAGGGCAGAAGAAGAAGCUGUUGCUCACAAAGUUAGGAUGCCUUGUCAUCAUUCUUUGCGAGAGAUGGAACGCGUGAAUGCAUUUAAAGUGGUAGAAUAUCCUAAGACAUUUUCAACUUUUAGAGAGCGGCUAUACCAUUUACAGAAAACUGAGAAUGAUCGAGUUUGCUUUGGUAGAUCUGGAAUACAUGGGUGGGGGCUCUUUGCUCGCCGUGACAUUCAGGAAGGAGAGAUGGUUCUUGAAUAUCGUGGAGAGCAAGUGAGGCGCAGUGUUGCAGAUUUGAGGGAGGCUCGUUAUCGGAUAGAAGGAAAAGACUGCUAUCUGUUUAAAAUCAGUGAAGAAGUAGUUGUGGAUGCUACAGACAAGGGAAACAUAGCUCGCCUAAUCAAUCACUCGUGCAUGCCAAACUGCUAUGCAAGAAUUAUGAGUGUAGGUGAUGAUGAGAGUCGAAUUGUUCUUAUUGCCAAAAUGACUGUUCCAGCUGGUGACGAGCUAACGUAUGAUUACUUGUUCGAUCCCGACGAGCCUGACGAGUUUAAGGUGCCCUGUUUAUGUAAAGCUCCAAACUGUAGAAAGUUCAUGAAUUAGGCUACAGCAUACACAUUGUUUCUCCUUGCGGAGUUCUAACCUGCUCGUCUUCAUCACCUGGAUUUUUAGGCUUAACCUAUUUGUAACCCCUUUUUGGCCUCUUACCAAAUGUGUAUAAUCCCCUCUUUGUUUUAAUAAAAGUGCCCCUUGAAAAAAAAAAGGAAAAAGAAAAGAAAAGAAAUGGAACAAAAAGAAAGUAUAUGUAGUGUGUUUAUUAGGUAGGUAGUCUUGAUGUAUAUGGUUAGUACACAAUUUUUUUGUCUUAAUUUUGUUGUUAAAGCAUUUUCCUUAUGCAAAUAGCUUAAAUGUAAUAGUUGGCUUCAGAGCCUUCAGUUCUCUUUGUUUCCUCAUUACAGUUAUACAAUGUGAUGAUAUUUUAAAAGAUGAAUACAUGAUAAUCUAUUUCAAAGUCGAGGUAGUUGGUUGCAUCUUCAA